AUCUUCUCCGCCCCCGCUACCGGUGCCCCUUCUGCGGCCGCUGAGCCGGAGCCGGCCUGAGCAGCGCCCUUGGCUGCGGUCCGCUUUGCAAGGACCGAGGCGCUCGCGUGGGUACUCGCGCGUCCUCCCGCAGCCCCGGUCUCCUGGCCCUCGCGGCCCGCCCUCCGCGCGCCAGCCCCGCCGGGGUCCGUGUCCUGUGUCGGCGGCCGGACCCGGGCCCGAGUCCGAGCAGUAGCCGGCGCCAUGUCGGUGGUGGGCAUAGACCUGGGCUUCCAGAGCUGCUACGUCGCUGUGGCCCGCGCCGGCGGCAUCGAGACGAUCGCUAACGAGUACAGCGACCGCUGCACGCCGGCUUGCAUUUCUUUUGGUCCUAAGAAUCGUUCAAUUGGAGCAGCAGCUAAAAGCCAGGUAAUCUCCAAUGCAAAAAACACAGUCCAAGGAUUUAAAAGAUUCCAUGGCCGCGCUUUCUCUGAUCCAUUUGUGGAGGCAGAAAAAUCUAACCUUGCUUAUGAUAUCGUGCAGUUGCCCACUGGCUUAACGGGCAUAAAGGUGACAUAUAUGGAAGAAGAGCGACAUUUUACCACUGAGCAAGUGACAGCCAUGCUUUUGUCUAAACUAAAGGAGACAGCAGAAAGUGUUCUUAAGAAGCCUGUUGUUGACUGUGUUGUUUCGGUUCCUUGUUUCUAUACUGAUGCAGAACGUCGAUCAGUGAUGGAUGCAACACAGAUUGCUGGUCUCAAUUGUCUGCGAUUAAUGAAUGAAACCACAGCAGUUGCUCUGGCAUAUGGAAUCUAUAAACAAGAUCUUCCUGCCUUAGAAGAGAAACCAAGAAAUGUAGUUUUUGUAGAUAUGGGACAUUCUGCUUAUCAAGUUUCUGUGUGUGCAUUUAAUAGAGCAAAACUGAAAGUCCUGGCCACUGCAUUUGACACAACACUGGGAGGCAGAAAAUUUGAUGAGGUGUUGGUAAAUCACUUCUGUGAAGAAUUUGGAAAGAAAUACAAGCUAGACAUAAAGUCCAAAAUCCGUGCAUUGUUACGACUCUCCCAGGAGUGUGAGAAACUCAAGAAAUUGAUGAGUGCAAAUGCUUCAGACCUCCCUUUGAACAUUGAAUGUUUUAUGAAUGAUGUUGAUGUAUCUGGAAUAAUGAAUAGAAGCAAAUUUCUAGAGAUGUGUGAUGAUCUCUUAGCUAGAGUGGAACCACCACUUCGUAGUGUUUUGGAACAAGCCAAGUUAAAGAAAGAAGAUAUUUACGCAGUGGAGAUAGUUGGCGGUGCUACACGAAUCCCUGCAGUGAAAGAGAAGAUCAGUAAGUUUUUUGGUAAAGAACUUAGUACCACGCUAAAUGCUGAUGAAGCGGUCACUCGAGGCUGUGCAUUGCAGUGUGCCAUCUUGUCGCCUGCUUUCAAAGUCAAAGAGAUUGCCAUCACUGACGUAGUACCGUACCCCAUCUCACUGAGAUGGAAUUCUCCAGCUGAAGAGGGGUCAAGUGACUGUGAAGUCUUUCCAAAAAAUCAUGCUGCUCCUUUCUCGAAAGUCCUCACUUUUUAUAGAAAGGAGCCUUUCACUCUCGAGGCCUAUUACAGCUCUCCUCAGGAGCUGCCCUACCCAGAUCCUGCGAUAGCCCAGUUUUCAGUUCAGAAAGUCACUCCUCAAUCUGAUGGCUCCAGUUCGAAAGUGAAAGUGAAGGUUCGAGUAAAUGUCCAUGGCAUUUUCAGUGUGUCCAGUGCCUCUCUAGUGGAAGUUCACAAGUCUGAGGAGAAUGAAGAGCCGAUGGAAACGGAUCAGAAUGCAAAGGAGGAGGAGAAGAUGCAAGUGGACCAGGAGGAACCACAUGUUGAGGAGCAGCAGCAGCAGACACCAGCAGAAAAUAAGGCAGAGUCUGAAGAAAUGGAGGUACGCGGCGUGACUUCUCAAGCUGGAUCAAAAGACAAAAAGAUGGACCAACCACCUCAAGCCAAGAAGGCGAAAGUGAAGACGAGUACCGUGGACCUGCCUAUCGAGAACCAGCUGUUGUGGCAGAUAGACAGAGAGAUGCUCAACCUGUACAUUGAAAACGAGGGCAAGAUGAUCAUGCAGGAUAAGCUGGAGAAGGAGAGGAAUGAUGCCAAGAAUGCCGUGGAAGAGUACGUCUAUGAAAUGAGGGACAAACUCAGUGGUGAAUAUGAGAAGUUUGUGAGUGAAGAUGAUCGUAACAGUUUUACCUUGAAACUAGAAGAUACUGAAAAUUGGUUGUAUGAGGAUGGUGAAGACCAGCCAAAGCAAGUCUAUGUUGAUAAACUGGCUGAAUUAAAAAAUCUAGGUCAACCUAUUAAGAUACGGUUCCAGGAAUCUGAAGAAAGACCAAAAUUAUUUGAAGAACUAGGGAAACAGAUUCAACAGUAUAUGAAAGUAAUCAGCUCUUUCAAAAACAAGGAGGACCAGUAUGAGCACCUGGACGCUGCCGACAUGGGGAAGGUGGAGAAGAGCACCAACGAGGCCGUGGAGUGGAUGAAUAACAAGCUGAACCUGCAGAACAAGCAGAGCCUGACCCUGGACCCGGUUGUGAAGGCCAGAGAGAUCGAAGCUAAAAUCAAGGAGCUGACGAGUUUCUGUAGCCCUAUAAUUUCAAAGCCUAAACCCAAAGUGGAACCUCCGAAAGAGGAACAAAAAAAUGCGGAGCAGAAUGGACCAGUGGAUGGACAAGGAGACAACCCCGGCCCUCAGGCUGCUGAGCCGGGCACAGACGGAGCCGUGCCUUCCGAUUCAGACAAGAAGCUUCCCGAGAUGGACAUUGAUUGAUUGCAACACUUGUUUAUAUUAAAACAGACUGUUAUAAAGCUUUAAGUUGUCAACUUUGUUCUGAACAUCAACUAGAGCAAGUGAAUACUGGAGAUUUCUUAGUUCUUAGGGGAUUCCGGGGGAGGGGGUAGAGGUAAUGUAUGGAGCAGUUGACUUCUAAAUAGUUAGAUACAGACCGUGAGUGCAUUGUAUCUUCUUCAUAUUUAGAAGCCCAGUGAGUCUACCUGCGCUUACGCUUUAUUCAUUCUGUGUUGAAUCCUGCUUCUCGGGCGCGAAUUCGGGAAGUGGAGCUGCGGCGGAGGCUGUGCCUAGCUGUUGAGCAGCCUGUCGUGACAGCCCGCCUGCAGAGCCGGAUUGUGCUUUCAGAGUAGUUGUGGAGGCCGCCACAAAGGCUCCCCGCCUGGGUGGGGGUGGGGGUGGGGUCUCCCCCUGCCUCUGAGGGCUGGAGCAGAGCGGCAGAGGUGUGCUCUCACCGUCACAGCUCACCUCCAACCCCGCUCCCACUCCCACCCCCCCACCCCCACCCAAAGCAAGAGCUCCCAUUCGCAAUGCCUUGUGGUGCUCUUGGGAAAGUCGACCCCCUCCCCCGGAGCAGUUGGUUGACUGAUGCUCCGAGACCUGGAGCCUCUGCCUGAGUGUUCACUGUGCCCCUGUGCCCCAGCGGCAAGGGGCCCUCCUUUAAGGUUCGGCACGUGUAGGUGUGCGUGCUGUCGGCACAGCACAGUGCCAUGCGGUUGAUUGUUUCUCAUCGUGGCCUGUUGGUUCAGGUGGGAGAGGUUCUGUGUGUAUCUGAGGCACAUCUUGAACUCCUAGGACGAGAGUUGAAUAUGUUUUCAGCUCACUCAACAAUCGCUUAACUUGUUAAGUGUUCGUAAGCAGCUAACAGAUCAUGCAGACAUCUGCACUGCAUUGUACCGGAUGAGUCUGAAGUUAGUGUUAAAGCAGUGUGCUGCCCGCGCGGUAGAACACGUCCGUCUGCAGCCAGUCCGUGCACCCCAGCAGUCUGCCUGCCCUUGGGGGCAGUAUUCGUAGAAUGAGGCGUUUUGGAAACUCCAGGGAAGCCUGAGUUAAAGGCCAGAGCUGGUACCUGCCUUACAGACUUGUCACAAGCUGUGUUGGUUUUGCUUUGGAUCUUUGUAAUAACGGCUAUUCCAUAUAACAGAGCAUGUCUCUGUUGAUUUUGGCCUCUGUUAGAAAUAAGAUUGUAUCUUGCAUAGUUACAGUUUCUGUCUCUGUCCACAUAGAAAUGUUUCUGAGUGUUAGAAGCCCUCAAGUUCUGAACGGCCGCCUAGGAGGAAGGCAGGAGUGCUCUCGCCGUGGUGUGCAGGCGUGCGUGGGAGCCCCGCGGCCGGGCCUGGGCCCACUCCACCUGUCAGGCUUCAGUAGCGCCGUUGGCCUGGUUGCCGAGGCGGGUGGCGCUGCUUUGACAUGCUGGCUGCAGGAUUAAGCCAACUCUUAGGCUACUGACUCAGUCCUUAAUGGCCAUUUCUUCUAAAUGAAUUUGUGUGCGCGUGUGGGGGAGGGCUUGGGUGUUGGGAUGGGGUGACUUUGAAGUUUAAGACGAGAAAUAAGAUGCUACGGUCUGCUUGCUGUCUGUUUAGACAGGCUUUCAGAGCAGCUGGAUUUGCAGGGGUGCGGGCCGCUGGGUGGUAACUGACUGGUGUGCAGAAGAGCAUCUGUCCAGAUCGCGUUAUCCAAAUUGGUUUGUGCAAACUCCAGGUCACGUUCUUACACUAAGGAGAACAUGGCAGUAAACAUGAGACAAGUUUAGGAAAAACUAAUAAAAGAAACCUGUCUUACACUCA